AUGGAGACGAGCAAGAAGAAGCUCGGGGCGGACCAUCCCUCCACGCUAUCCAGCAUGGCCAAUCUGGCGUCAACCUACUGGAAUCAAGGCCGAUGGGACGCUGCCGAAAAGCUGGAGGUGGAAGUGAUGGAGACUCGCAAGAAGAAGCUCGGAGCGGACCAUCCUGAUACACUAACCAGCAUGGCCAAUCUGGCGUCAACAGCUGGAGGUGGAACGGAUCAUCCUGAUACACUUACCAGCAUAGGAAAUCUUGCCUACACGAUGAAACGGCAAGGCCGAAAUGCUGAAGCUAUUAGUCUAAUAAGGGAAUGUGCACAGCUUCAACAACGCGUUCUAGGACCAACAGCAGUGCCUCAGCUGGAAGCGGAACACCUGCAAGACUAUGCGAAAUAUUUGCACGAAAGGGGAAGCGGGUUUUGCAAGCGACUGGAACAGAUUAAGUCUUUCUCGUUAACACUCUGUCCUUCGCGAUGUCACUACGAGGGUAAGGUAUCCGGCACCUUCAACAAACUCAAUACCCAUCAAACAUCUCUAUCAUUGUCUCUAGUCGAUCCAGUAUUGGGCAAAGACUUUAGCGUCUCUACAACCUGCCUUCUUCCCACCUUCUCACAGCGCUUAUAUCCUUGGGCUGGGCCGCUCUUGUGGGAAUCGGCACGGACAUGUGGUUGUGCCCAAGCGGAUGAGAAGAUACACAUGCUGCAUCCGAUUGAGGACAAACGACAUCAUCCAGCAUCCCAUUACGAUGUCGCCGGUUCCUCAACAAAGGUUCGCUCGCCGUAUCGCGAUAUGGCCUUCAAGAAACCCGGACUUUGCCCUUCUUUCACGAACCGACUUAACUAUCUGCUCUUUGAACACCACUGUAUCGAACACGUUCAUUCAGGAUUCCAAGGCAGUAUAUAUCAGGAAUCCGCCACGAAAUUGCCCAAACCAUCGCCAAAUCAUGAUCUGAAAAUCUACCCGACGCGGUUCAAACCCUCCGGGUGGUCAUCCCUCUCUCCUAAUUCUCACCCCACAAUCCCUUCGCACUGCCUUAUAUUCCUUCCAAAUCCAUACACCGCUAUCCAGCACCCGAACCGGAAGUUCCUCUCCCACCAUCCGCCCUCCAGUGGCUUUGGCAAUGCCACCAGUGCCAACGAACCGACUCCCUUGACGUCACGCGGCGCUGUCUUGAAUACGGGCACUUCUUCUGCGCUGGCAACACGACUGUCAAGAACUGGCGGAAACGAGUUCGACUACCAAGGUUGGAAGGCUUGGGGCCAAUGGAGGAGGAGCGGAAGAAAAAGCUCGAUCCACGACUACAGUUCAGGUUCAUCAGAUAAUUCCGAGAAUGAAACAUCAGGGAAUAGGGAGUCGGGGAUGAGCAAAGGCUGCUGGAACAUGCGUGAUUACCCGAGCGAAUGUCGCUGGGGAAGACAAUUCGGUAUAUAUACACUUCUACUUCCAGGAUUCCAUAUUAUAGGUAGUGUGGAUUCCGCAACGCCGCGAGAAUACCGCGCCGGGGAAGAACAAAAAAACCCAGACUUCUGGAGGACACUGAUCAUGAGUGCAAAGAGAAUGAAAAGCGUUCCUCCCUCCUCACCUCUGUCAAAUGUGUCUGAAAAAGCAGAACCUAAUGAGUUUAACUCCACAAAGGGCAAAUAUGGAGACACCUUCAUGUCGGCCAUUGACCCAGUGAUCGUUUCCACCCGUCGUCCUCCAGGGUAUCAUGAGGAAGCAGCGAAAGGGGCCAAAGAAGCCGAGUUUCAAACGCUACGUCCCCCUGGGGCUGCAGCAAUUGGUGAUUCCAACUUCGGACUCGAAGGCAGUGAGGGAGAAACAAUUACUAAAUGUUUUGGGCCGUUGGAGAGGGUAAAGAGCAGUGAUAGUAGUUUCCAUUAUCAUAUAAAGCGAGUGGAGUUGCAAUUUUAUUUGUUGUACUCUUGUUAUGAUAUCAUGUUUUUGGAGUCGUAUGCAUCCUUCGAACCGCGUCUGCGGCCAUAUAUUCACCACUUUACCUUCUACAAUAACAUCAUCUGGGUAACACCACAUUAUACUGUGCAACCAUAUAAUGCUUCCAAACCUUCUCUGUCCUUUCUCCAGUACCUUCUUGUCCCGAAAUAUCUCAUUAUCUCUCAGAAUAACUCUCAGCUCAUUUGUUUAAGGAAUUUCUUGAAACCUUCCUUGAAUUCAAAUUAUUCUCAGAACCCUUUUCUCUCAAAUUGGAAUCUAGAAUUUGGGGAUGUAAGAUUCCUGCUGCGAGAUAAUGGCGCUUGGGCCUUUUGGGCUUUGGCUACAGGAAUGGGUAUGCAGGAAAAGACUGUCAGUUUGUUCUAUGAAUAG